AUGUCGUCACAACGGCUGAUAAAACUGCCGCAUCGGGUACUUUUGAAGCUCCACGGCGCCGACACGAACGCUUUCCUUCAGGGACUCAUUACCAAUGACGUCACGUGGGUUUUACUGUUAUUUAUAUUAUUAAGAAGUGGAAGGAUACAGAAAUCCACUUGAAAAAUGAUUUGUUGCAAAACAAUUGAGCAAAAGUCGAUAUUUCUCCAGAAAACUGCAAUCACAAUCGGGUCUGGCUGCAUUUGUGCUGAACACGCAGGGCCGAAUCGUCGAAGACGUGCUCCUGUGGCGACGUGGCACCGAUGACAUGUUCCUGGAGUGCUCGCGGAGCAAUCAGACUGUCUUAGUCAAGGAAAUCGCCAAAUAUCGGCUCAGAAAACAGGUGGAGAUCAGCGAAACGACGGAUUUCGUCUAUUUCGAACAAGAAGCCGGCGAUCAUCAUGGUAGGCAUUUAAAAAACAAUUUCUAAACAUUUUCAAUGUGUCUAGAAUCUUUUCCAGAACAUCGUGACCCUCGAUUUGCCGGAUUUGGAGCUCGAGUCUUUGGACAUCCGUCGGAUUUUAGUGAAAAUUGUGAAAAGUACGAGAAUUUGAGGCGGAGUGCCGGAAUUGCGGAAGGCGCCGAAGAGCUCAAGGAUUUGUUGCCGUUUCAGGUGAACAAAUCUGCGAGAAUUCAAAAGAAAACGUUCAAAAAUGUUAAGGCCAACGGAGACCUCCUAAAUAUGGUCUCACUGGACAAAGGAUGCUAUAUCGGACAAGAAUUGACGGCCAGAACUGCUCAUACAGGUUUCAAACAAUUUAUAGACUUCUGCAAUUUUUUUUUUUGACAUUUUAGGAGUGAUCCGACGUCGAAUUCUGCCGUUCGAGUGCGAAGGACAAGUGAAACAGGGCGCCAGUAUUGUAGAUGAGAAGAAGAAUAAAGUGGGAACGGUAAGGCAUUUUUUGAAACGUUUCUCACUGGUUUACACAAAAGCAAUCGAAAUUUCAAGCUUAAAAGCGCAACAUUUGAAAAUUUUCACAUUUCUCUGCAACCACCGCGACGCGAAAAUGCAGACUUUGCAGAGCAAAUGACGCCAAACGAAACAACGAAAAAACGGCUUUAAAAAUAGGCCCAGCGUGUUUUCACGAUUGUUCAAUUUCAGAAAAGUCCGGAAACGUGUUUUUCAGGUAAUCUCAUCGGACACGACUCGUUGCCUCGGAAUGCUUCGUCUUGCCUCGUUCAAAUCGACGAAACUGAGCGCCGAUGACGUCAUUUUGACGGCCAGAAAGCCGGAAUGGAUGCCCGACAAGAUUCUUGCCAAUAAUUCGAAUAAGACCAGUUUGACGGACUCUUGA